UCUCUCUCUCUCUCUCUCUCUCUCUCUCUCUCUCUCGCACCAUUUUUUAUUUCAUAUUAAAGUAAAGGUUUUAUACUUAAUGAUUGGUCACUCGUAACUUUCAGAUUUCGGAUUUCUUAGAAUUAUACAGUAUUACUUAGUGCUUAUUGUGGAAUCUGAACAAACAUUGUACAAGUGUGUAAUGACGCCUUUUCUUUUUUGAAAUAUUGUGAAUUGUGUGGUGAAAUUUUCGAACUAGCUGCAGCAGAAAAUUGGUACCAAGGUUUUAUGAAGUGAUCAGAAGAAAACAAGUAUAUGUGCCAGGUCGUCCGAAAUCAUUUUAUUUCCGAUAAGGGGCCCUGAUGCCGUGAUCAAUGCCCAUUAGCAGCGAACAUCAAUGAUGGCCGAUGUGUCGCUCUGCGCGAGCCUCUCAAUGUAAAGGUCGCGCAUGCGUAUUGAGUCGGUGUGCGGCUCCUUCUGAGGCUGUUGUCCUCCACCGCUCGCUCUGGACGCCACUGAGACAUCCUGGUCCAAGUGCCACCAUCCGGCCUCUGCCUCUGCACCACCCCCCUCCUGUAGGCCCUCCGAGGACGACGCCUUCAAGGGAGUUUAUCUACUUUUUUGGGAAACAUUUGCCGUUGACCAAGGGACGGAGGAAUGUCUGUCUCGUCGAAGGGAGUAUUGCCGACUUAGCUUUUUUUUAUUAUUUAUUUUCCCAUAGAACGAGUGCAGAAGCCCGCUCGAUGUAGGCUCAAGAAGUGUCGGUUUCCCCUCGCCUGUGAAGGACGCCCAACGAGCGAAUCGAGUCCUGUGCACCGGAGCCUCUCUCAUGUGAGGAGUCUCGCGUCAUCAUUGUGCCUCCUGCGUGAGCCUUCACCUGGUUGGCAGUUGCCGUUUCCAUCUGUUUAGUGGGAAGGCGCGAAAGGCAAGACUGCCCUUCCAUUUUUUCAUUUUUUCAUUUCAACUUUUUUCUACUAUUUUUUCAUCGCCCGCUUUUUCACACAUCCAUCGAAUCUCGACGAGUCCCCCACACUGGCCAAUACCAAAUAUCCCUGGUAUAUUACACCAUUUAGCUUCUAUGAGCUAAGCAUGAAGAGCGUUGGUGAGAGAAAAGUGGCUCCCGAAAAUGCAGCGGAGGCUGCUGCCGGAGGAGGUGGAGGAGGAGGAGGAGGAGGAGGAGGUGGAGGAGGAGGAGGAGGGGGAGGCACGAAGAAGGAAAAGGAUCUAGAUUUACCCCCGAUGCCUAAAAGGCCUUCCCUGGUUUCCAUCGACAGUGAAGAUGAAAAUAAAAUGGUUGAGGUCAAGACCGGCAUUUGUGGUCUGGACCCCACCACAGGGAAAGGAAAACAGAUUCAUCUCAUCCAGAUGCUGCUGUUGCCUUUCGUGCCCAUCAUGGCUCUCAUCAUACAGAAUUCUAUCAACAUGGUUAGCAUCCUCGAGUACCAACAUGGCAUGCAAGAAACCAUUGAUCAGGUACAAAUCAGCACGGGCCUCGGUAACGUGACGGAGGCACUGCAGUCUGAGAGGGCCGAAAUAGCAUUCUACCUCUUCACCAAUGGCUCUGUCAUCCGAAGGAACCUCUCUGAACACUUUGCCUACACGAACUCCCUCAUUAACGACCUCAAGUGGCCAAAGUUCAGGAUAGAUGAUGAGCUCUUCCAGAACAAGAUUCUCUUCAGGAUUCGCCUGGACGAUUUCAGGGAAAAGAUUACUAACUUUGAUACGCCGAGCAUCGAAGCGGGAAUUGCAUUUUACAACAGAGCCAACUAUAUUUUCUUAGAUCAGCUGACACGAGAAAUCAAAGAGAAAGACGCCUCAGGGGUUUGGCGACCACUGUUGGCCUACAAGAACAUGAUCCGCGCCAUUGAGCAUUUAGGGAUCUCGAUGGUUUUCGGCGAGCAGUAUUUUGGUCGAGGGAACCUCGAUCAGAGUUCUUACAUAGCGUUUAUUACCAACGAUGCCCUCGGACAGGACUUCCUCAAUGCGUCACAAAACUUUGCCUACUGGAUUGGUACGAGGUACAAGGCGCUGCAGAAGGACUACCCUUGGUACUCCAACAUCACCAGGAGGCGUCUGGAAAUUCUGGGUCGAGAGAAGAUCAAACCAGACUUUGAAAAAGCCACUGAAUAUUUUUACGCAAUGCUGGGUUACUUAGACGCACUACAAAAAGUUCAAUAUGAAAUUAGGACGACCAUUGAGCACACCAUCAUGAGGGAAGUCAAGGCCUCCAACAGCCACGUCGUCAUCGGCAUCGCGCUCCUGGCCGUCGUCCUCAUCAUCUCCCCCGUCAUCAUCAUACUCGUCAGGAUGAUCACUAGGACCCUGCAGGCCUUCUCAGAGACGUUGCUCCACAAAACCCACGAGCUGAAAUUCGAGAAGAGAAGAUCGGACAAGCUUCUGUACCAGAUGCUUCCCACCAGCGUAGCCCAGCAGCUGCGGAUCCACAAGGCAGUGCCCGCCGAGACCUACUCCUCCAUCACCAUCUACUUCAGCGACAUCGUUGGGUUCUCAGAGAUGGUUUACGAGAGCACGCCUAUGCAGGUCAUCUCCCUGAUGAACGUGUUGUACAAGAUGUUCGACUCUCGGAUCGACUGCUACGACGUGUACAAGAUCGAGACGAUAGGCGACGCUUACAUGGUGGCUUCCGGGCUUCACAUGAGGGAAGAAGGCAAGGACCACUCCGCCGAAAUAGCCGCCAUGGCCAUAGAUCUCCUUCAUGGCAUGGAGAGCUUCGUGAUCCCUCACAUGCCCGGAGAGAGGCUGAAGAUCCGAAUUGGCAUCCACACGGGUCCGGCUGUCGCUGGAGUUAUUGGCACCAAAAUGCCAAGGUACUGCCUCUUCGGGGAUACGGUAAACCUGGCUGCGAAGAUCGAAUCCACGGGACUCCCUUUCAAGAUCCACAUCUCGCAAGACACCAAGGACUGCCUCGACAGAGUCGGCGGAUUCAUCGUGAAGCUCCGAGGGGAACUCGAGAUCAAGGGCCGUGGUGUUAUGGACACCUACUGGCUAACAGGUAAGCACGGCGUGUUACCUGACAGACGCCGGUACUCCGUCAGGGAAGAAGAUAUGGAAUUCAUGGCGGACAAGCCACGCAGCGACAUCGCCAGGGACUUGGGUUCCCAACAGGCUUCCUUCUACAGGAGGGUCAUCAACUUCUGCAAAGAGUUCUUGGACUAAGUUUUUAGGUAUAGAGAAGUCGAUUAGUGAUGACCCAAGUCUUAAAAAAAAAGAAAACCGUUCAGGUUUAAACGUAAUCUUAAGAAUUUCUCGCCGUCAAUUGAAUCAGAUGAAAGUACCUAAACAACAUUGAAUGCUGACUUGGAAAAUACCUGUUUCUGCAAAUCCGCAUGAAACAGUAAACAUUAUUUUACAAUAAUGUGAUGAUUACGUUACGCUGCAUUGGUGUGCGUACACAAUAACAGGCGUAGAGUUCUUUUAGUGUUAAUGUCAUACACAUGAUUGAUUUUUUAAAAGCCAGCACCAAACAGGAUUCCGCUCUGGUUCCAGCGGGAGUAGUCAGUCGCUACAGUGCGAAUGGUGAUAGAAUCAAAGGCUAGUACACAUCAAGGUUCGUAAAUCUGAAAAACACAAAGCUUCAGUAAAAACGAGAGAGGUUUCCCAAUGUGUGAGCAGUGCAAACUAGAUAGACACGGAGACCUGAAGCUGACAGGCAACGAGAACAAAGAAAGACUGCAAGUCAGACGGGAGGAAAACAGAAGUAAUCCGGUUUUGAUAGUAAUCUGCAUUCCCAAUAAACAGUCUCCUUGAGUUUCAUAAGGACCGUUGAUUUUCUGCCACACUGCAACAACUCCCACUUCCUUAUUUUAUUCAAGAAUGCUUUCAAUAAUCAAGUUUAGGUUAGGCAUAAGAAAAUUACGAUUCUUAUUUAUCUUCGUUAAGUCGCAACUUUUCUGUGGUUGACAUGUUCCGCUAAAUACGCGUGCUCGUAUUUUCUAGUAUUGAAAGUCCAAGUCAGUUCCAUACCAUAGAAGUGUGCGGAGUCCUUUUUUUCUGGAGAGAUAGGUGAAGGGAAAUAAAACAUAAGAAAGAACGAUUUUUCUUCUUCAAACUAUUUAGUUAAUGAUUGGUAAGAAUUGGCAUUCGUUUUAACUCCACUAAUAAAACCUGCAUUCUUUUGUCGGUAUUGCACGUAAUUACGCAGAGAGAACAAUGUCCAAGAUAACAUUUCCUCUUCCUCUGAAAGGGUAAAUAAUGUACCAAAAGAAUUACAGAGCAACGCACGCCAUAAAAGGGAGGCAGAUAAUGAGACGAUAUCAUGCUAUUAGAAUAUCUUAGACCUUAUACCAAACAAUGCCCUUAAUAACGUUUAAGUCACUUCUUAAGAUGUAAUGAUUUUAGUCAGAGAAUAAAGUAGGUAGUUGCAUCAAUAUCUCCUUCAUAUUUGUACGUAGAGCUUAGAAUAAUUAUGCUGAAUUAGAUGUAGAUUGUUCUUUGAUACUGAUUGCAUUUUCACUUAUCCAUGUUUACGUCUUGAGGUCUGUGAGCACCAUCGCAAGCUGAAGAGACGCCUCAUAUACCAGCAGUGGCCUGAAAUGAAAAGUUUCGUUCUAACAAAAUAACUUUCAAUAAUAGGUUGUAUUUGCGCAGAAAAAAACCGUUAUGAAUGAAGCAGAUAUAUGGGAUGGGAGUAAGUGAGCUAAAUUAUACUAAAGCUCUAACAAUAGUUCAUGCAAGUCUGCACGCACAAGUACGCUCACGCGCCGCAAUUAAACCGCUUAGGAACUUGGAAUAUUUUAAGAGAAAUGAGAAACUCCUUGUCUGCCUGUUCUUAUUUUCCGGUUCUUUUACAAAUCACUCUAUACUUACAUGUUCAAAAUGGGUUCUUUGGAAUCUUUAUCAAGAAAAAUAACUUGUUUUAAAAAAGAAUAGUUCCAGGCACUGAUCUUUCUUUUAUUUUUACAAAGGUAUUUGCACUGCAUUAUAAAGUUCAGAAGUAAUGUGAUUAGUCAUCAUUAGAUACGGAUCUCCUCUCACAAUAUGAUAUAGAAUUCUUAUCAAAAUUGGCGCUAUUCCAGGUAAAUGAUGUUGCCAAAAAUCUCCUUAUUCCUAGUACCGUACUAGCAAAAAAGGCAUUAGGAAUCCCAUUUUUACUGCGGGUUCUCUAAUACCAGAGUAGCAAACUGAAACUUCACGUAGCACGUUUCUUAAUGAUAUUGUCAAGGUUAAUUACUGAAAGGCAUAGAUCUGCGGAAAAGCGCAUAUUUCAUAGUUUUUCGUUCUGAGUAAGUUCAAAUUUUAGGAAAUGCUCGUCUACCGAUGAAAACAGAUGUUUUUCAAAGAAAAGUAUAGCAUCUUCAAAACACAGAUUUUACUAUAAAAUAAUAAUAUAAAAGAUAAGGCACGGCAGUUUUACGUAUUUUUAAGUAGGUCUACAAGAUCGUGAAACUUGAGGACGGCCUCUUUUUCAGAUAACAUGAAUUUUCAUUGUGAUAAAGCAGACAUUUCCAAGAGGAAUAUUGUUUCUUUUAUUUGUCAAAGUGCCAUUUUGGGUGCAAAACAAUAUUCUUCAGAGAAGUGGUUGUCCUUCACAGUGAACCACACAAAAGUGGCUUCUGAGAAAGAAAAAGAUUCUCCAGCGAUGAACGAAAACUGAAUGGGCGAGGAAAACUUACUAACUGUACAUACAAGGAAAAGCAGACCGAACAACAUCCGAUGCAACACCAAAAAGCUUGUUUGGUAAUCCUAGAGGCUAUAAAAGACAAACAGCCUAAAAAAAGAGAAAAAAAAUCUUUGGUCAGCGUUUGUUAAAUAUAAUCGCUUUUACAGAUUAUUUGACGUGUUAGUAUUGUUGAUUGCCAAAUCAGACAAGUAAUUGGGUAUUAAAGUAAUGAACAAAUUUUCAUUGAAUAACCAUGUUUUACUAAAGAUUUGUGAUACGUUUUGUGUUACAUAAAGCUGAAAUCACUCACACCAUUUACAAUGUAUUCUGAAGUCAAAAUCAAAAUCUUUAGGGUGUCACUCAUCUAGCACUUAAGUUUAUACAUAUGUGUACUGUAAGACAUUUUUCUUUUGGCAAAUCUUACAGCUACUGUUUGAUGUAGAGAAUUUGCAUUGCUCUUAGGUGAAAGCAUUGUAAUUUAGCUACUAGAGAUAGUCCUAACGAAAAUGUUAACAAUAAAGGUAAA